GGUGUCGCCGGGCGGGUACCGGGCGGACAUGGCGCUGUCGCUGGGCGAGGGCGGCGGCGGGAGCCGGCUGCGGCGGCAGCUGGAGUCGGGCGGCUUCGCGGCGGGGGAGUACGUGAAGCAGCUGUCGCAGCAGUCGGACGGGGACCGGGACCUGCAGGAGCACCGGCAGCGCAUCCAGGCGCUGAGCGAGGAGACGGCGCAGAGCCUGAAGCGCAAUGUCUACCAAAACUACCGGCAGUUCAUCGAGACGGCGCGGGAGAUCAGCUACCUGGAGAGCGAGAUGUACCAGCUCAGCCACAUCCUCACCGAGCAGAAGGGCAUCAUGGAGGCCGUCACCCAGGCCCUGCUCCUCCAAGCCGACCGCGACGACCCCGCGCUGGGCGCCCGCCGCGCCGCCGCCGCCGACCCCUUCCUGCCGCUGUCGGCCAAGGAGGCGGCGGCCAGCGAGGAGGGGCGGCAGCGCACUCUCACCACCCUCCUGGAGAAGGUGGAGGGCUGCCGCGACCUCCUGCCCGAGAGCCCUGGCAAGUACCUGGUGUACAACGGCGACCUGGUGGAGUACGACGCGGACCACAUGGCGCAGAUCCAGCGGGUGCACGCCUUCCUGAUGAACGACUGCCUGCUCGUGGCCACCGCCCUGCCCAGCCGCCGCGGCGCCUACCGCUACGACGCCCUGUACCCCCUCGACGGGCUGGCCGUGGUCAACGUCAAGGACAACCCGCCUAUGAAGGACAUGUUCAAACUGCUCAUGUUCCCCGAGAGCCGCAUCUUCCAGGCUGAGAACGCCAAGAUCAAGAAGGAGUGGCUGGAGGUGCUGGAGGAGACCAAGCGCAGCCGCGCCCUCAGCGAGAAGCGGCGCCUGGAGCAGGAGGCUCUGCCCCGGCCCGCGCCCGCGCCCCCCGAGUCCACCAACCCCUUCGACGAGGACGAGGAGGAGGAGGAUGAGCCCUCCGCCGAGGAGGAGGUUGUUGACCUCUCACUUGAGUGGAUCCAAGAGCUGCCCGAGGACCUGGACGUCUGCAUUGCCCAGCGGGACUUCGAGGGGGCGGUUGACCUGUUGGAUAAGCUGAACGAGUACCUGGCGGACAAGCCUGCGAGCCAGCCCGUGAAGGAGCUGCGGGCCAAGGUGGAUGAGCGCGUCCGGCAGCUGACGGACGUGCUGGUGUUCGAGCUGUCCCCGGACCGCUCGCUGCGCGGAGGGCCGCGGGCCACCCGCCGGGCCGUGUCCCAGCUCAUUCGCCUGGGCCAGUCCACCAAGGCGUGCGAGCUGUUCCUGAAGAACCGGGCGGCCGCGGUGCAGACCGCCAUCCGGCAGCUGCGCAUCGAGGGCGCCACGCUGCUCUACAUCCACAAGCUCUGCCACGUCUUCUUCACCAGCCUGCUGGAGACGGCCAGGGAGUUUGAGACGGACUUCGCCGGCAACAACGGCUGCUACUCGGCGUUUGUUGUCUGGGCCCGCUCGUCCAUGAGGAUGUUUGUAGACGCCUUCAGUAAGCAAGUGUUUGAUAGCAAGGAGAGUUUGUCAACUGCGGCAGAGUGUGUCAAGGUGGCUAAAGAGCACUGCAAGCAGCUGAGCGAGAUUGGACUGGAUCUCACCUUCAUUAUUCACGCCCUUCUGGUAAAGGAUAUCAAAGGUGCUUUGCAGAGCUACAAGGAUAUCAUCAUCGAGGCCACCAAGCACCGCAACUCUGAGGAGAUGUGGAGAAGGAUGAACCUGAUGACUCCAGAGGCACUGGGGAAGCUCAGGGAGGAGAUGAGGAGCUGUGGGGUGGGCAAUUUUGACCAAUACACGGGGGAUGACUGCUGGGUCAACCUCAGUUACACUGUAGUAGCUUUCACUAAGCAGACUAUGGCCUUCUUGGAGGAAGCGUUAAAGCUUUACUUCCCAGAGCUGCAUAUGGUUCUCCUGGAGAGUCUGGUGGAAAUCAUCCUGGUGGCUGUCCAGCAUGUCGAUUACAGUUUACGGUGUGAACAGGACCCGGAGAAAAAAGCAUUCAUUAGGCAGAAUGCCUCUUUCCUGUAUGAAACUGUCCUUCCUGUUGUGGAAAAAAGGUUUGAGGAAGGAGUUGGAAAGCCAGCCAAGCAGCUACAGGAUCUGAGAAAUGCCUCAAGAUUGAUGCGUGUAAAUCCGGAAAGUACCACCUCUGUGGUGUGAAGUGAACCUAACUGUUCCUCAGAACAAGGUGGCAGCACUUACUGAAGAUUGUUGUACAUUGAACAGAUGAACUAAACAGGGGUUUUUUGAGUCCCUGAAAGAUGCAGAACUCUUAUCUGCUGCAUUCCAGAAGCUGAAGACUUUGAAUCAAUGCCUGCAAGCAUGCAAUGCUUUACUUGUUGGAUGGGGUGUAGGGAAGUGAGAAGGUGGAGGUCACAUGUCCUUGACAGCAUAUCCUCUAUGAAGGGCUUGUGUAGUAUUUGUGACGUGGGAAAUAACUGUAAUACACAAAUUUUGGCCAAUUGUUUGUGAAAGUCUUACAUACAUAUACAGCAGAUGGCAGGAAAAGAUCAAUUCUCAUCAUGUCACUGUAGCAGUUCUUUUUUAAGGCAGUGUUCUGGUAGGAGGGUAAGUGCUGAAGCAUUCCCAGGGUGUGGUAUUCAGUAAGGCACGUCCACCAUCCACAUGUGACUCUGCAGAUAAAUGACAUGGAUUUGCACAAUGUGAUUUUUGUGGUAGCAAUGCAGACUUUUCUUUAACAUUGAGAUUAUCUUAAUUCAUUUCAGAGGCAGAAUGAAAUAAAAAUGCUUUUAAUAUAGGUUCUGGUGUUUGUGUGAAGGGGCUUCUUCUGUUAAGUAAGCUGGCCUGUCAGCUUGAAUUAUAGUUGUCUGAAAACAAACCUGCUGUCUGAACAAUUUGUUUGCUUCAAGAGAAGUGAGAAUAAAUUUCUUCCUUUCCUCUUUAUGUUCCUCUUCCAUGUUUUCUCACGGAUCUAAUUGGGGUCAUGUCCAUUUAGUGAAGUGUGCACUGUUGCUUGAGGGGCUGUCACAAAUGCAUUAUGGGCUGUUGUCUCCUGGUUGGAACCAUAGAGAAGAGGCAUAAAUGCUCUUGAGACGUGCAGGGCAGGGAGAGGGACUGAAGGGACUGUUUCAUUUGGAAGAAAUGGAAUGCUAGUUUUGCUGUACAGAACAGAAGCAGCACCUGGUGAAGGGACUCUGAGGCUUUUUUGUAAGAGAUGUGAACUUUGAAACAUGCACUGUCUCCUGCAGAAAUCACAAGGAUUUGGCUAGCAAUUUUAAUGUUGAUGGGGCAAGUUUAUACAAAUACUUUUAUGUUUGGAUUGAAUUAUGUUGGCUGUCUGAUGCAGUGUAUGUCUCUGAAAAUAAAAUAAGCCAAGUCUUUUGUGAAGGAUGGCUUUGGAAAGCUGUCAGCUUCAACUUCUAAGCUGUGCAAACUUCUUCCGCUUCCGUGCAAACUUUCUUAAUUGUGAGAAAAUCAUGUUACAGCUAAGGGACCUUGUGAUCAGUCCCUCAAAAAGUGUCCUUAACGAGAAUAACUAAAUAUCGUAUUCCUGUAACACUUUCAAAUUAAAACUUUUGCAGUUUGUGUCAUGGUAAUGAAUGCCUUGUGACUACCUGAACAAACAAAAGGUAUCACUAGUAAAACAUUUUGUGUGACUAUAUACUGGAGCUUCUUAAUUUUUCCCUAUUUUCAUAGUGCUAGUUCAGCGCAGUUUUCACAGUGUCUGGGUUUUGUUCUCUUGCUCUUUGGAUGCCUUUUGAGCUGUCAGAUUUUGCAAAGCAUCCUAUUGUCUCUGCUCACUUGCUUUGCAAUGUUUGGGCCUUUUGCUAGCAACUCACAAAAAAAGUCAUACAAAAUGUUUUUAAAGAGUAACUGGUUGCUCCCAGCUUGCAUUGAUUGAAAACCAGUGAAAUAGGUCUAGUGAGUUAGAACUUGUGUAACAUAUUCUGUCAGAGAGUCCUAUUGGUGUUAUUUCAGUAGUGAACUGGUUUUGAUAUCAGAACCUAGUGAAGUACAGCAAAGUAAUAUAACCUCUGUCAUUUGUUUAAAGUGGGAAACCUAAUCUGAGAAAUGUGUUCAAGUGAAUUAUAAUUGAAAGCUGUGUGUGGUGAUGGGUAUUUUGAAGGAGAGGGAGAAGAGAUGGCUUUUUUUUUUCUGUGAACAUGGGUAGAUUUCUUUUUAUUUAACAGCAGAAGAAAGCAGAAUAAAUACAGACGAGCCUUAUCUUUAUCUGUGUGUUUGCAAGAGAAGGGUUAGAUCUGGAACUCUAGACUGAUUAUUGUGAUGCUUGGGGAUUUUAUGCAAGAAGCUGAAUUGUAGUUUCCCAACUCCUAAGCAUUAACAUGACAGUGAAAAGGAGGAGAGUCCUGUUCAUGCUUCUGCUGUGAGCUGGUGUAGCACGGCUUACCCUUCUCCGAGAAUAUGUAGAAUGUAAUUCUGCCACAUGCUCUGUUUAUGCCUGUGUCACUGAGCCUUUCAUCAAUCUAUUUAUGGCUCACUGAGCCUACUGAUUUUGUCUCUGCUGUCGUCCAUGGAGCAGUGGGCUUACACUGAUGUUGGGUUUAAGGCAUCAGGAAAUCUUUUAAUUUGGGUCAUCAAACAUCAUGUUCUUGUGCCUGUCAAAAUUCAAACAGGUGUGGGUUGUGUAAACUGCUAUAAGUGGCAUUGAUAUUUUUUAACUUGUGACUCUAAGUCAUCAUAAAAGAAAAACACUAACAUAAAGAAAAUGGUGUGGAAUUAAACUUAAGUUGUAUUAUGGUAACUUGUUUAACAGAGAAAAAUCGGUGUAUGCUGAGUCAUAGUUCAAUAAAUUUCAGUUUUGGAAUGGCACUUUCCUUUUCCUAAGCUGUACACUUGUGGGGAUAGUGUUGUUCAAGUUGGGAUUUGCAGUAACUACUGAAUAAACUACAGUUCUACUAAUUAGAGAAAGAACUAAUAUUGGGUUUUUUUUGAGACAACUGCAAAUAAAAUCUGGUUUCCUUUAGCUGCUGUGACAAAAUUAUGAAAAACUAUUCUUUUUUAAUUCAGAUAAAUUUAUGUAUUAGAAUUUAAUGCAAUAACUUUUCUGAACAGUGAAGACAAUGUAUUAAAACAUUUGGACAUACA